GCCGCCGCCCCGCGCAGGCGCGCGCAGCCCCCGGAAGGAAGCCGCGUGACCGUCUCCGGUCCCCCGGCGGAAGGGAGGGCAGAGAAAGCACCGCGUCUCCUCCCGAGGAUGAGAGUGUGACCGCCAGAGGAGUCUUCAUGAGCUCGAGAGGUCACAGCACGCUACCACGGACACGGAUGGCUCCCCGCAUGAUUUCCGAGGGCGAGCUGGGCGGCAUCGCCCAGAUCACCUCCUCCCUGUACCUGGGCCGAGGCAGCGUGGCUUCCAACCGGCAGCUCCUCCAGGCCCGAGGGAUCACCUGCAUCGUCAACGCCACCAUCGAGAUCCCCAACUUCAACUGGCCGCAGUUCGAGUACGUCAAGGUGCCCCUGGCCGACAUGCCCCACGCGCCCAUUGGGCUGUACUUUGACACGGUGGCCGACAAGAUCCACAGCGUGAGCCGGAAGCACGGGGCCACGCUGGUGCACUGUGCCGCGGGGGUGAGCCGCUCGGCCACGCUCUGCCUCGCCUACCUGAUGAAGUACCACAACGUCAGCCUGCUCCAGGCCUACAACUGGGUCAAGGCCCGGCGGCCCGUCAUCCGGCCCAACGUGGGCUUCUGGAGGCAGCUGAUAGACUACGAGCGCCAGCUCUUUGGCAAAUCCACGGUGAAAAUGGUACAGACCCCUUACGGCCUCAUCCCCGAUGUUUACGAGAAAGAAUCUCACCAGCUGAUGCCUUACUGGGGGAUAUGAGGCCGG